ACCACAACCAUAUUGUUUCAUGGUCAAGCACAUAGAAGAUUACAGCUCAAUACAUGACAACGGAAUUGGACUGCGAGUCUGAGAGGGUGAGAGGGAACGAGGGACGCAAAAUGGAAGCAGCUCUAGCAGAACUGGAGCGAGUCCAAAUCCUAACCCUCCAACGGAUAUCGAAUAUUGAGCAUUCUUUCCUUCCUCAAAACAGCAGCGUAUCUGCUCUAGCAUAUGUUUCCUCUCCCGACACAAAUUGUUGCCAGACCUCCGCCUCUGACACCGAAGCUCGUCUCUCCUCCAUUCUCCGAUCAAGUGGCGUAAAUGACUUCGCAUUCAAAACUGUUCCUCCAAAUUACUAUGACUGGUCUCUGGAGGCCCGACGAGACAUUCUCGGUGCCGCCUCUAUCGAUCACCUAUGCAAAAGCAUUGUUUUGGUUAAUACACAGGCUCCUUCAAACAUUACUGAUUGUAGUGACCGCAAUAAUUCAAAGUAUUACAUUGUUGUAGUUCAGUAUACUGCUCGGUUCAAUGCCGAAACUGUUAAAAACUAUCUGUAUGCACUCAAUGAUGGCAAGAUAGCUAAAAAGAAAUUCAACUUAAGGCUUGCUCCUGAGGAGACAUCUGUAAAGUUGACUGGAUAUGAGCACAAUGGAGUGACAUGUAUUGGCAUGAAAACGGACAUUCCAGUUAUUUUGGAUGAAGCAAUUGUAAGGCUGAAUCCUGAUUUCUUCUGGUUGGGUGGUGGGGAGAUUGACCUGAAGCUUGGGAUUAGGACCUCAGAAUUUAUCAGUUCUAUUAAACCUUUAAUUGUCAAUUGCAGUGGCACAUGAUUAACUCAAAUGAAUCUUUUUUUGGACUAAAUGGAAAAAAAGAUAAGGCUGCUGGACUGAAAGAUGAAGGAAUUUGCAUUUUCAUCAAGUUCUGCAACGGAAAAUUCAGCCUUUCAAAUCAUCUUUACAGAAGAAAUUGUUCCUCUGCAUAUAUUUCUUCUGUUAGUAUUUUUUCAUAGCUUUGAAUUUCAAUUGAAGGAUCUGUAUUGGAUAUCUAUAUACUUUAUUGUAGCAGAUGAUAUGGUAGCGAAAGUUACAGAAAUCUAUCAGUUCAUUUGGCAAUAUAUAUACAUAUACAUUUACUUUACCU